AAUAGUCACACACACUGACUCAGACACUGGCUUUUUCAUUUGUUUUAUGGGAGCGGAUUUAGAUAAAAAACGCGUUAAAAUCGUGCAAUAAUCAAAAUGACAUCUUACGUACGUGCUAUGUACGAUUUUUCUGGUGAGCCAGGCUCAUCGGAACUAUCGAUAAUCGCUGGCGACGUUCUAACCGUGACAAGGAGCGACGUAGGCGAAGGUUGGUGGGAGGGCAAAAACAGUCGGGGCCAAAUUGGUCUGUUUCCAGCGGCCUACGUGGAGGUGAUGUCCGCAGCGGAGGCGCGUCAGUUUACGACACCGGAGAUAAGUGCAACGCCGUCGGCGGCUCAGGCUUUGGAUCCCUUUGGAAUGCCACCAGCGCCUCGAUAUGACCCGACACCUGACAAUGACGACGACAGUUGGUCGGACAGCGAUGAUAACGAGACAUAUUCGGAGAUUGCACCAACUGGUGGCAAGUCAUCAGCAGGAGCCCGCACUGGCGGCAUCUCGCACUCCACUAGCGACUAUGACAACAGGCAUCUACCUGUGGCGCCCAACGAGGAUGCCAUAUCGUUGAACUCCACUGCAGCGGGCAGUGCCAGUGCUGCCACCAUGAAGAAGGGCAUGUUUGCCAAGAGUUCCGAUUCCUAUAUACUUGGCCUAUUCAGCAGCAAGGAGACUAUACCCGAAUGCGAAAAGGCCUACAUAACGCAAGUGGAGGACUCCAUAUAUCAGUGGACACAGAAUCAUUCACCCUACUCGGUGGUGGUGGCCAGUCCCAAAAAGGAAUCCAAGUUCAAGGGAAUGAAAACAUUCAUUGCCUACCAGCUGACGCCUAGUUUUAAUAAUAUCUCCGUGUCGCGUCGUUAUAAACACUUCGAUUGGCUGCACGAACGUUUGACGGCCAAGUUCUGUUUGAUUCCGGUGCCACCGUUGCCGGAUAAACAGAUCUCCGGUCGUUAUGAGGAGCAGUUUGUGGAGCAUCGUCGGGUGCAGCUGCAGGAGUUUGUCGAUUGGAUGUGCCGACAUCCGGUCAUGUCAAAAUGCGAGGUGUGGUAUCACUUUCUCACCUGCCGCGACGAAAAGAUGUGGAAGUCGGGCAAACGGAAAGCGGAAUGUGAUCCCUAUAUGUACAUCAACUACUGCAUGGCAAUUUCGCCGCCCACCAAUCAUCUGCUGCACUCUAAGGUCGAUGCUCAGCUGGAGAGCGGGACACAGUUCAUUCACAACAUGGAUUCGGCCAUACGCAAUUUGAAUAACAUUUCCAAUGAUAUGGCCAAACGGUCGUUGGCCCAGAGCAAAAAGGAAUUCCAGCGCAUUGGCGAUGGUCUCUCCGAAUUGGCCAAAGCGCUGUCUAUCGAUGAACGCCGUGCUCCCACACGCAAUGGAGUGCCGUUAAGCGAUAGCGUCGGUCGCAUUGGCGGCAUUUUCAUUGGCGUUGGCCAAAUGUUUGGGGAUCAGCCAAAGAACGACUGGAUACCGCUAUCCGAUCGAUUGCACAUCUACAGAGGCGUCUUGAGCUGCUUCCCGGAUGUCUUCUCCAGGCACAAGGGCGCCGUACAGAAGCGCAAGGAUUGCGAGCGUAUUACUGCCGAGAAUAAGAUGAGUCAAGCCCAGCUGCAGGAUGUGAACAGACGCACCGAUGUCGUCUCCUAUACGGUGCUAGCGGAACUCACCCACUUCAAGAGCGAACGGGACACGCAUCUGAAGCAGACACUCAAGAUGUUCAUUGGCGAACAGAUCAAGUUCUAUCAGGGCGUUGUGGCACGCCUCCAGGAGGCCCAUCGUCAGAUUGAGUAGUCUAAUAUCCAAAAUGUGAAUUAUAGAUGAUCGGCUGGGAGCACAAACACACACACAAACAAACACACACACUACAAAUAGCUGAAAACAUUCGCACGCGCGCAUUUGAAAUGCUUUAAAGUUUAAACAAAACAAAAACUAAAACUAAAAAAAAAAA